AUGAUCUCAUCCAAUCUCCCUCAACCAGCCGUUCAGCCAAACCCGAUGGAUGCGAACAGUGACAAAUUUGAUCCCGUCUAUUUUAUCAACAAAAACAUUCCUCAAUUUGAUCAUCGCAAAAUUUCAGAUCUAGAGGACGGAACGACACACGAGCAAAUUCAGAUACAAAAAACGGUCUUUUCUCUUCUUCAGUCGCAACAAACAUUAGAGCGGGAAUCUUUAAAAAGCAUGCAGAUCUUACCUGACGAGGUAUCAUCUCUUGGAAGAAAGAUGAAUACAUUGAAUGGUGAGACUCAAUAUACUGAAGCGAUAUUAAAAAGUAUAUGUGAAGGUGUUCAACUGCUUGGGCUAAUGAAAUCAAACAUCACCUUCACCGUUCAACUCAUUCGACACGUCGAACAACUCGACAUGUUGAUAUCAAAUUGCCAGAACUCAUUGAAAGAUAACGACCCGCUGAGUGCGGCAGACGCGCUUCGAACAGCUAAACUCAUCCUUCAAACGUACAAUGAAGUGUCGUCGUUAGACAUCUUUGCCAAUUCGAUCAAAGAGCUUAAAAGAGUCUGCAACGAAGUCGUGAGUGCCGCGACUACGGCGGUUGUUCAAUUUGAGAAGGACGAUAUCGACAAAAAGAUGAUGAGAAACUACUUUGAGUUGGUUGAAGAGGUUUUCGAUGAACAGAAAGACGGGUUUAAAACUUAUCUGGUCACCCAUUUGACUAUGGGAUAUGCAAAUGCGUUCCCACUCAAUGCCGAACAAAGCUCGUUGUUAAACAUCUCCAAAAGGUAUCAAUGGUACUUGGAGAAGUUGACUUUCGCGAAGGACAAAUUCACAAAUACAUUACCACCCCAAUGGAGGUUUUGGGAGUCAAUGACACAAGACUUCUGUGCGACUUCUAAAGAAGCAUUCCACGACUUACUUGAAAAACAGUCACAAGGUAAUGCGGAACAAUUCACAACGUGUUUGGUGAAGGCUAUUCGGAGCACUCGGGCAUUUGAAGCUGAGGUAAUCAAACGAAUUCGACAAGAGAAAUGCGUUGAAGGAGAGACGUGUCUGAUAUAUGAAGGAAUCAUUUCAAAAUGUUUUGAUGGGUACAUGGAUUUCUAUAUCGAAAAGGAGAAGGAGAAUGUGAUGACAUUUUUGAACAAAUUCACGAAUGAAGAGAAGUUCACGGUCGAUGAGGGGUCUGUUGUUCUUUUAUCGUCUAAAGAUUUGAUACUGUAUUAUAGGAAAUGUAGUGAGCGAUGUAGUGCGCUGACGCAUGGCGAACCUUUAAUAAGUGUGUGUCAGGUCAUUGCAAAUGCAACGUGUGAAUUUUCGAAAAGUAUGCAACAGAAAGCUGUCUGUAAAGAUUUGAAAGAAACGUUGAGGAGGCAAAGUCUUGUUGUCAACACACUGAAGUAUGUUUAUUUUAGAGUCGAAAGAUUGAUGACAACAACGUUGAGUCAUUUAAUCGACCAAGCACAUGACAUCUUGAGAGUGAUGCAAACCAAAAUAAUUGGGGUUAUUGGAGAAAUCACAGAACAAAUAGUGACUGUCAUUUUAAGACCAGUAGACGACAUCAUGAUGGAGAUGACACGACAGAAUUGGGUUAUGCAAAAUGACGAAGAAAUUGAAUACGUUGAGAACAUGACACGAGUAAUUCAAGACUAUGUGACUGUGAUUGAUAAAUACAUUGUGAACGACUACUUCUUACAAGUAUGUUCAUUGAUAACCGCGGUAUUCUGUGAGAAGUACGUUGAUAUGUUAAUGAAGUGUAAACGCAUCAAUGAAAUAGGUGCGCGAAAUCUGUUGAUUGACUAUUCGCAAGGAAGAGGGUUUUUCCUGAAAUUGCCAACACGAAAUAAUCCGAUCGUGUUAGAGGGUAUUGGUGACACUUCCGUUAAAAACACGAAUUACGAUUUAAGUGAAUACACAUCAGAGACCGGGAAGGAAUACACAAAAACGGAAGCCAUAUUGAAAAUCCUUCAAAUUGGCGAGAAAGACAAAGCGUAUGAAACGUUUCAAUACUUCUUCCCUGAGAUGUCAAAUGACAAUUUCCAACGAAUAUGGGACUUGAAAGAGAAGCAAGGCAUUCAGGGCAAAACAGAGGCAACGCUAUCAAAGAUUAAACUGACAUUUUCGAAAAAGCCCGAUUGGUACAGGUCGUUCUUCUCGACUAUGCAGUGA